GUGUAUGGUGCGCGCGCUCGGUAAAGGUGUGACGUGUGGGACGAUGACGUCAUCUCUGUACCUGAGUUUCGGCCGGAGUCGGACACUGGGAGCCGCACACUGUGUGUCCGGUUUGUGUCUGUUUUGUGUGUGAGUGAGUGAGUGUGAGUGAGUGAGUGAGAAAGUGUGAGAAGAUCUUUAUUUGCGCAGGAAACCGUGUGGAGUUUUAUUUCUAACUUCGCUGUUUCCUGCUUCCGGUUGGAGUCUCAGGGAGAUGUCUGUUCACCCUCGGCGUGUGCGGCUGAAGCCGUGGCUUGUUGCUCAGGUGGAUAACGGGACGUUUCCAGGUCUGGUGUGGCUCGACCGUGAAGCGAAACGCUUCCAGAUCCCAUGGAAACAUGCAACACGUCACACGGCUCAACAGGAGGAGGAGAACACCAUCUUCAAGGCAUGGGCUGUAGAGACGGGGAAGUUUCAGGAAGGUGUCGAUGAACCAGACCCUGCAAAAUGGAAAGCUCAGCUCCGCUGUGCACUCAACAAGAGCCGCGAGUUUAACCUCAUCUAUGAUGGAACAAAAGAAGUUCCCAUGAACCCCCUGAAGAUCUAUGAUGUGUGUGACAUCCCCGCCCCCCUCAGUAACCCUGGUUCCACAGGUUCUGCUCCAGCGUAUGACUCUGAUGGUGAAGAUGAUGACGUUCCUGAUACACCAGAACCUCCACCACCACCAUAUCACCCACCAGUGGCUGGGUCUCCUCUGGCCCCACCUGUGUGGACUUCACCAGGCUCCACCUCCCCCCUGCAGCCCUCCCCCCAGGUGUGGCCUAAAAAAGAGCCUCAGGAUGUGGAGAUGAGCACAACAGCAGCCAUGGAGGUGCAACCCGCUUCCAGCAUGGACACCCAGCCAAUAACUGACGUGCUGUUCACGACACCGGAGACCUGGAUCAGCUCUCUGCCCAUGACAGAUCUGGAGGUACAGUUUUAUUACCGCGGUAAGGAGGUGUGUCCAGCGGUGACCGUUAGUAACCCACAGGGCUGCAGGCUGUUUUACGGGGACCUGGGGCCCAUGGUGAACCAGGAGGAGCUUUUCGGACCUGUGAGUCUGGAGCAGCUGCGUUUCCCGUCCACUGAGCACAUCACUAAUGAUAAACAGCGUCUCUUCACCAACCGGCUGCUCGACGUCAUGGACCGCGGCCUCAUCCUGGAGAUCAGCGCACACGACAUCUACGCUGUGCGUCUCUGCCAGUGUAAAGUGUACUGGUCUGGUCCGUGUGGUCCGAGUGCCAACGCACCCAACCUCAUCGAGCGCCAGCGCCGAGUCAAACUCUUUUGCCUCGAGACCUUCCUCAGCAGUGUAAUAGCUCAUCAGCGUGGUCAGUCUCCAUCUCUGCCUCAGUUUGAUAUUCACCUGUGUUUUGGUGAGGAGUGGCCUGAUGGACGUCCCAGAGAGAGAAAACUCAUCAUGGUGCAGGUGGUCCCUGUGGUGGCGAGGAUCAUCACGGAGAUGUUCAGCUCCGAUGGAACUCGCUCCUUUGACAGCUCCAGUGUGCGUCUGCAGAUUUCUGUCCCAGACAUAAAGGACAACAUCGUCACGCAGCUCAAACAGCUGUACCGCAUGCUGCAGAAUCACCAGGGCAACGAGGCCUGGACCCUCCCACCUACUGGCCCCACCCCCCUGCCACACCCCUUGCAUGCACAGUGAUGCACAAAAACAGACAUAAAGGCUCAGUAAUCUUUUACUCUGGACACACGCACACACACAGAGCCAAGUUUUUCUUGUAUGUUCAGGCAUUUGUUUAGUUUAUUUGAAAUAUUACUGUUCUUAAUUUUUGUAGCAGUGAGUGUGUGUUUUGUUUAUGGUUAUAGAUUUGGCAGGUUUGUUUAUUAAACACAUUUUAUGUAAAUGAGAUCAGACACUGAAAGUAUGUAUCUGUUUUCUGUUGGUGGGCGUGUGCACGGGGUGAGGCCUGUCUGCUGGUGGGUGUGUCUGAAGUCUCAGUGUCUUAUGUUUUAUAGCAAAUUAAAACUCUUUUCUUCGAGCCUCUCUCGUCUGAUGGGUGAAACACACACACACCCUCAUUUCUAUUUCGCGGCUGUGUAAAGUGGACACUGACCAGAAGAUUGCCACACUGAGGACUGACCUAAUUCUCCUGUCAUUCCCUCCCCCUGCCCCCUACUGCCCCCUACUGCCUACUCCCUUCAACCUCAGCCAUUUUAUCAGCUUGUUAUUCUGUACUGUCAUGAGAGACUUUUUGGAAGAUAAAAAUUAAAAAUAUCUAUUUCAUUUUC